UACACUUAAAUCGCAUUUCCAAGAAAACGGGGCAGAUAGAUAAAUGGAAGGCAUUGAGCACAGAAGCGUUCAAGUAAACGGCAUAAACAUGCACGUCGCCGAGAAAGGCAAAGGCCCCGUCGUGCUCCUCCUCCACGGCUUCCCCGAGCUCUGGUACACGUGGCGCCACCAGAUCGUGGCGCUCGCCGCUCUCGGAUACCGCGCCGUGGCUCCCGACCUCCGCGGCUUCGGCGACUCCGACGCCCCGGCCGACGCCGCCAGCUACUCGUGCCUCCACGUGGCCGGCGACAUUGUGGCGCUCAUAGAGUCCCUCGCCGCCGGCCAGCCGGUUUUCCUUGUGGCUCACGACUGGGGCGCCAUGGUCGGCUGGUACCUCUGCCUCUUCCGCCCCGAUUUGAUCAAGGCCUUCGUCUCCCUCACCGUGCCGUUUCGCCCCCGCCAUCCCACCGUCAAGCCCAUCGCCGGCAUGCGUGCUUUCUUUGGAGACGAUUACUACAUGUGCAGAUUGCAGGAAGUCGGAAAAAUAGAAUCAGAAAUAGCAGAAUACGGAGCGGAAGCAGUGAUAAAGAAGAUCCUAACGGAGCGAAGGCCGGGGCCGCCCCUUCUCCCGAAAGAAAAGCCAUUCGGAGAGGACCCGAAGAGCAUCAAGCUGCCGCAUUGGUUCACUGAACAAGACCUCAAAUACUACGCUCGUAAAUACGAGCAGAAGGGCUUCACUGGCGGCCUCAAUUACUAUCGCGCCCUCGAUUUGAACUGGGAGCUGACGGCGGCGUGGACGGGGGCAAAGGUGAGAGUUCCGGUGAAGUACAUAGUAGGGGAUCUGGACAUGGUGUAUACAACGCCGGGGGUGAAGGAGUACGUGUCGGAAGGAGUGUUCAAACAGGACGUGCCGUUGCUGGAGGAAUGCGUGGUGGUGGAAGAUACCGGCCACUUCAUCAAUCAAGAGAGGCCUAAUGAGGUUAAUGCUGCUCUUCAUCAAUUUUUCACCAAGUUUUAUUAGCAGUAUGCCAGUAUCUUUCAUUUUCGAAUUUGGAUUUCCUCGCCAUAUAUAUCCAAAUCAUUAAAUUAUGUAGUAUGAGCUACUACAAUCUAGAUUCAAAACUAAAUUGAGUUGAAAAUUGAGUUAGCAUAGGCCCUUUUUAUGUAAUUUUGUUUAAGAGACCAUAAUGAGUUGUUCAUGCCUCUUGGUGGCCAAAUAAAUGUAUAAAUGUUUGUCACUAUGAAUCUACCGUAUUGUUAUAUGCUAGUAUCUUUGAUACG